AGGAAGAUGUGGCGGCCAUGAGAGCGGAUCGAGGACUUGUCCAAAGCUGCUGAUGUGAUUCUUGUGGGUUCGUUGUUUUGAACGAGCUGACACGUUGUGUCAUGUGAGGCGGCUGGACUCGUGGUCGCUGCUCACUCUCGGUGAUUACGGUUAUUUCUAUGUGUGUUGUAUUGUGUUGAUAUAUUUGUUGGAUCGGGGGAUGUGAUGUGGGGCCGUCGAUCUGGAUUGUCGGUGAAGUCCCUCCCUGGUAAUGUAGCUCGGGGCUGUUGCUCUGGUGGAGCUGUCACUGAGGGUGUUGCUGUGUGAACGAUGCCCGAGCCAUGUCUGAUGUUGAGGCCACGUACGCAGACUUCAUCGCCUCUGGCAGGACAGGACGAAGGAACGCCAUGCACGACAUCCUACAGAGUCCCACCGACCCAGAGGGACGAGAGCUGCCCCUCACCCUGUCUCUGUCCCAGAUGCACAUCAACGCAGGAGGGGGAGAAGGAGACGACCUGGAGGACAGCCAGAGCUCCUCCUCGGCACAUCGGGAGGCUGAGCAGAGGAACAGCUAACCCACAUGUGUGAUGCGUGUGGCUACGUACGUGUGAUGAAUCCGUUUGUCUAAAGUGGGCGGGUAGCCACAGGGUAGCACCACCGCUGCUGAGGUGCCUAUAAGCAGGGCACUGACAAACUCUCAUGUCCCUGUGGCUCAGCUGUGCAGUAGAAUAACAGACUGAUGUGUGAGAUGUAGCUCCUGUAGAGCUCAUCUUCAGUCUUAGUUACUAAACACAGGGUUCAGAUGACUGGAAAGAAACCAGAAAGAGAUCCUGUGUGAGUUUUGUAAUAGUGUAAGCAAUUUGUGAGACCACUGAGACGUGCUGAUGUAAUGGGUCACAGUGGGAGUAGCAUGUUUGUAGAGCUUGUGAGGCUGAUAGAGAUUAUAUUGCCAGUUAAUGGCUUGUGCUUCUUUUAAAUUGACAAUACUGUAGAGGGAGUAGAGCUGGAAAACCACAUGAACAAAUACUCUGAGGUCUGGUUACUGAAAGGUGUAACUGUGUUUGCUGGUUUUGUAGAAAGUGUUUGAUGAACAAUUUUUCGGAUGUGUGCUGCAUGGGACACUGGAAUAUUCUGUAGGAAGCAGCAGAGUGUAUCAGUUGGAAGGAAGGUGGUGUGAUACCAACCACAUACAGUUAGAAAAGGAGACAUGUUCCAGUGGUUAAAAGAGGAAGGGUGAUGUUGGAUUACUGUAUCUUUUAAAAUACUUUUGUACUCGUCUAAUAACACUAUUAUAAUCACAACCUUAAAGCUGAGAAUUAGAAGAUUAACACCACUCUCAUUUCAGUAAAUUAAACAUGUAGCAGGAGUGGGAGGGCAAGUUUAGCUUAGCAUACAGUACGGAAACAGCUAGCCUAGCUUUAUCCUAAGGCAACAAAAUCCAUCUGCACCUUUAAAAUGAUCUAAGUAGCAUUGUAGUAUCAGUUUGUGAAAUUUAAAAUGAUUGUUUAAUUCACAUAAAAUUUUGCCGUUUGUGCAAUUCUUUUGACUUAAUUACACAAAUGAGAAACAAUAAGUUAAGUUUUAGAGCCUAAAAGGUACCGCUAGGCUACAUUUGCUAUAUGUGAAUGGGGCCAAGCUAGUGGUCUUUCUGCUUAACUAUGAUCAAAGCUGUAAAGGUCUGGGUCUGCUGAUUUGUUUUACUCAUAUCUAAAUUCGGUUAAUGAUUUUGUUACAUUGGUUAUCCAUUUGAUUGGAUAACAAAGCAGCAGUUUUUUAAGGAACAGUAAUUAGACCACAGAUUGGCUAAAUAUGUCCAACUAUUCACCAUUAAUGUACUUUAGCCUCAUUAUACAGGAGAAAUACUGUUGUUUUUCUUUUUUACAUGACAAAAUGGUACAUGAGCUAGCAAGCUACUUAGCUAAACUUAGCUGACUGGCUGUCUGCUCCUGCUAUAUGAUCAGUACACACAUGUUAGAGUGGUAUUCAUCUUCUCAUCUCAAUGCAGCAAAGUGAGUCUCCCAAAAUGUCAAACUAUUCCUUAAAUGUAGAUAUGCAAUACUCAGUGGAGCUUCCAGUACGUGUUACAUGUUUGUGUAAAGGUUUCUGCCUCUGACACGCAGGCUGAGCUACCUCCUGCAACUUCGUGUUAUGAUGGAUACAUCCCAUAAUCAUCAUCCAUAACGACCAUCAUGCAUGCAUCUUACGAGCUGUAUUUAGUCAUUUUUCGUCCCCGUUUUUACGAAGUGUAAUCUUACUGAAAGACUGCAGCUUGACUGUGUAUCUUUCGUAUUCAUGCUGAUAAUAUUAAAGUAAAUAUAGCUCCUUUUUAUAUAAUACUCGUUCCGUCAGGUUUUCAAAUUGUAAACUGCCAUGUGACUGUAUAGUAACUCACUCGCACUACACUAACUACACUGUCUAGCCCCUGCUGUUCCUUAUUCAGCAUGUAGACACGUGGCAGAUGCAUGAUUCUGCUAAUUGUGUAGGUGUUUGUCUGACUGUAUAUAACCAUGUUUUCUACUUCUUGUGUCAAUUAAAGUAAAAUAAACAAUGGAUGGGAGUGA